AUGGAACCCGCGGCACCAGCGGGCCAGGCCCGGGCGGCGGCCAACAAGCUGUCGGAGGCUGUGGGCGCAGCGCUGCUGGAGCCCCGGAGGCAGCGGCGCCUGGUGCUGGUCAUCGUGUGCGUGGCGCUGUUACUGGACAACAUGCUGUACAUGGUCAUCGUGCCCAUCGUACCCGACUACAUCGCCCACAUGCGCGAGGGCAGCGAGAGCACCACCCUGACCCCUGAGGGGUGGGAGCCCACCUUGCAGCCACCCACUCCGGCUAAUGCCAGCGCCUACGCAGCCAACACCUCGGCGACCCCGACGGCUGCGCGACCUGCCGGGUCAGCUCUGCGGCCCCGCUACCCCACGGAGAGCGAAGACGUGAAGAUCGGGGUGCUGUUUGCCUCCAAGGCCAUCCUGCAGCUGCUGGUGAACCCCUUGAGCGGGCCCUUCAUCGACCGCAUGAGCUACGAUGUGCCGCUGCUCAUCGGCCUGGGCGUUAUGUUCGCCUCCACGGUCAUGUUCGCCUUCGCGGAGGACUACGCCACGCUAUUCGCCGCGCGCAGCCUGCAGGGCCUGGGCUCAGCCUUCGCGGACACGUCUGGCAUUGCCAUGAUCGCCGACAAGUAUCCCGAGGAGCCGGAGCGCAGUCGCGCGCUGGGAGUGGCGCUGGCCUUCAUCAGCUUUGGAAGCCUAGUGGCGCCCCCCUUCGGGGGCAUCCUCUAUGAGUUCGCCGGCAAACGCGUGCCCUUCCUGGUGCUUGCCACCGUGUCGCUACUCGACGCGCUGUUGCUGCUGGCCGUAGCCAAGCCCUUCUCGGCCGCUGCACGGGCGCGGGCCAACCUGCCGGUGGGCACGCCCAUCCACCGUCUCAUGCUGGACCCCUACAUCGCCGUGGUGGCCGGCGCGCUCACCACCUGCAACAUUCCCCUCGCCUUCCUCGAGCCCACUAUCGCCACGUGGAUGAAGCACACGAUGGCGGCAUCCGAGUGGGAGAUGGGCAUGGCCUGGCUGCCGGCCUUCGUGCCACACGUGCUAGGCGUCUACCUCACUGUGCGCCUGGCGGCGCGCUAUCCACACCUGCAGUGGCUGUACGGCGCUCUCGGGCUGGCAGUGAUCGGCGCCAGCUCGUGCAUUGUGCCAGCCUGCCGUUCCUUUGCGCCGCUAGUGGUCUCGCUCUGCGGCCUCUGCUUUGGCAUAGCUCUGGUAGACACCGCGCUGCUGCCCACGCUCGCCUUCCUUGUGGACGUGCGCCACGUCUCAGUCUACGGCAGCGUCUACGCCAUCGCGGACAUCUCCUAUUCCGUGGCCUACGCGCUCGGGCCCAUAGUGGCGGGCCACAUCGUGCACUCGCUCGGUUUUGAGCAGCUCAGCCUUGGCAUGGGCCUGGCCAACCUGCUCUACGCGCCAGUUCUGCUGCUGUUGCGCAACGUGGGCCUCCUGACGCGCUCCCGCUCCGAGCGCGACGUGCUGCUUGACGAGCCUCCCCAGGGUCUGUACGAUGCGGUGCGCCUGCAUGAGCGUCCCAUGCCCAGCCAGGACGGCGCGCCUCGCAGCCCGCCCGGCCCUCUUGAGGAGUGUGAGGACGACUACAACAACUACUACUACACCCGCAGCUAG